CCAGAAGAGCUUCAGUUCAAAAAACAUCACUGUUUAAUAUUGUGUGAAUCAACAUGAAUAUAAUAAUAUUUGGACUCCUUCUCUCAGUCAUCGUUGUUUAUGGCAGUGAGGAAAGCUGUCAGGAAUCGAGACAACUUGAGUCAACCUGUGUAACAUAUUGCCAUAAAGCUCUGAAGCCUGUAUUAGAACAUACGAAGGCGUUAGAGAGACAAUUGACUGAUUGUAAACCUGAAGAGAAAUGCUUGUCGGAGAACAAAUUCGAUUCACAGGAUAAUACGAUCCAACAGAAAUUGAGAGACUUGAGCACUGCAAGUGAACAAAUUAUGCAGCAAAUCAAAUUGCAGGGUAAACAAGUCGAGCAACAAAUGGAGGUAGUCAAAAAGAUUAUACCUGGACCGCCUUAUCAGCAGAUUGGUUCAAAAUAUUAUUAUAUUGAAGAAUCUGAAGAAGUCAAUUGGUUUGAGGCAGUUAACAAAUGUCUGGCAAUGGAUGGACAUUUAGUUAGUUUCGAAAAUCAGGAUGAGUUCAAUGCAAUCAAGAAAAAAUUGCAAGCUGAUAAAGAUUAUUGGAUUGACAUUAACGAUUUAGCUAACGAGGGAGAAUUUAUUUCAGUAGCAACUGGCAAAAAGCCGACGUAUGUGAAUUGGCAUUAUGGUGAACCAAACAACGGUUGGAAUUUUACAGAACAUUGCGGUGAUUUAUGGUUCUGUAAUGGAAAUCACCUAAUGAAUGAUGCUAUAUGUCAAGACAAGCAGUUGUUUAUUUGCGAGCAUAGAACAAAAUUGACAUGAACAAUUAUGAAUUUUUAAUAAAAUAUCAGUUUAAA